AUGAGUACAGGAUCAGCAAGUGAACGGACCAUUAUUUCAGGGGUCAGUGAAAACAAAAAUAUUUCCAUCCCAACCUACUUCUACAUCAGUGGAUUUUCUGGUAUACCUCACAUGACAUACUAUUAUGUAUUCCUGUUUUUUGUGUAUGUAAUUUCAUUGCUUGGAAACUCGUGCCUCAUGUUUGUUAUCAUUUCGGACCGAAAUCUUCACACUCCUAAAUAUAUUGCUGUAUUUAAUUUGUCAUUUACUGACAUUUGUGAAAGCACAGCUCUUAUCCCUCAACUGCUGGACUCCUUUUUGUUUGGGAAUCAGAUGAUGCCGUACGGAUUGUGCUUGUGCAGCAUGUUCUCUGUUUUACUGUUUCUUACUGUACAGUCAUUAACUCUUACUAUUUUAUCUUAUGACAGAUUAGUGGCCAUAUGUUUACCACUGAGGUACCAUAUGAUUGUUACUCAUAGAUCAAUGUUUGCUAUAAUCGCUGCUGCAUGGAAACUGGCGCUUGUGAUGGAUAUCAUUGCUAUCGUUUUCAUAAGCAGACUCUCUUUCUGUAGACACAUUGUUAUCAUAAACAGUUUCUAUUGUGAUCAUGGGCCUGUAUUUCGAUCUGCAUGUAGUAAUAACUUUCCUAGUAGCGUGAUGAGCUUUGCUAGCCCUGUAUUGGUUCUCUGGUUCCCGCUAUGUUUUAUUGUCUUCUCAUAUACAUGCAUAGCAGUGAUUUUAUACAGAAUUACAGCCCCAAAGGACCGUCGAAAAGCCACAAAGACGUGUAGUGGACAUUUAAUGUUAGUGUCUAUAUUUUAUUUGCCCAUUUGUUUAACAUAUGCUUUAGGGCCGAUUGUGGACACAAACAGUAGGAUCAUUAAUCUCUCUUUGACCUCUGCCCUUCCUCCGAUGCUUAAUCCUAUAAUCUACACAUUCAUGACAGAAGAGUUUAUGGUGUCUUUAAAAAAGCAUUUAAAAAGAGGCAUCAUAUAUCCAUCUAGAAGAUAA